UGACCACCCUAUGCUUCAUCCGCUGUCUCGCUGAUGACCGGUGAACCUCUCGAAGCCACCGGCGUUCGCAGGUUUCCGAGAGUCCGCUAGCAAAUCGCCAGCAAUAUAAGAAGAGGUGUUAGCGCGAAGGGUCAUACCGUCCGGCGAGACUUCAAAGUCUCAUAGCUCGCUCCUGCGGUAGAGGGAGAGAUAUGUCGAAAGAUUCGACUGCUGCUGAAGAUUUCAAUUACAGCGAUUUCCCCUUCUACGAGCAGAAUAACUUCGAUGAAUCCCCUGUUUUUAGUUCUCAGAGCCAUGAGAGAAUAUCCCAUGAACCCUCCGAUCUUUUUGCUAAUAUGGUGCUUGAGUACAUCAGCCAGGUUCUCUUAGAGGAAGAUGCGGACGACAAGAGCGACAUGCUUCAGAGUCAUCCAAAUCUCGAAGCCACAGAGAAACCCUUCUAUGAGCUCAUAGGUGAGAAGUACCCUUCUUCGCCAGAUCAAUUCCCUCUCUACUCCAGUCCAAGCCCUGAGAGCCUGGACAGCAACAGGAGCCAUAGCUCAAACAGCAGCGGCAUCCAAUCCUUUCACGACAAUUCCGAAUUCCCUGAGUACCAAAAUUACCAGAUUCCGCUUUCGCAGUCUUCUCUUAGCUCCGUUAAUGGCGGUGGGAACGAUCUUUUGUUCAAAACCCUCCCCACUAUCCAGUUCGAGAAGGGAAUUGAAGAGGCCAAGAAGUUCCUCCCAAGUGUAGACAAGUUGACCCUCAACGUUGGACAAUUAGAUCUGACCUUGCUACAAAACCCCAUCAAACAGGAAAGAAGGCAGAAGAACCGCCAUUUCGAUGAUUCAGGCUUCGAAGAGACGAGGAGAAUCAAGCAGUUGGCUCUCUCCUACGAAGAGCCGGUUAUUCCCUCAGAGAUGUUCGACGAUGUACUGCUCUGUAGUUGCGAAAGGUUUCCCCAAGUCGUGAGUGCAAUUCGAGAGAAGAUGUACAGAGAAGCGGGAAAGGAUUUCAAAAAUUCCAACCCCAAUGAGUCAGGCGUUGGUCGGAAGUCUCGCCGGAAAAAGCAACUGAAAGAAGAGGUUGUGGAUUUCAACACUCUUCUUCUCCACUGUGCACAGAGCGUGGCCAACGGCGACAACCCUAGAGCCUACGAACUUCUGAAACAAAUCCGGCAGCAUUCGUCUCCUCAUGGCGAUGCCUCUCAGAGGCUCGCACACUACUUUGCCAAUGGUCUCGAGGCCCGUCUCGCCGGAACCGGGAGUGAGGUAUUCCAUUCCCUUGUAUCCAAGCGUAGGACCGUGAGCGACGGGUUAAAGGCCUACCAGCUUUACCUCGCCUGUUGCCCUUUCAAGAAGAUCACCUAUUACUUUGCAAAUCAAAUUAUUUUAGGCACAAUUCAGAACGCAACGACAGUCCACAUAUUGGACUUCGGCAUCUACUUCGGCUUCCAGUGGCCGGCUUUCAUACACGAGCUAUCUCAACGGCCAGGCGGUCCGCCGAAGCUUCGAAUCACAGGCAUUGAUAUUCCUGAACCAGGCUUCCACCCGACCGAUAGGAUAGAGCUGACCGGCCACAGAUUAGCCGAAUUCGCCGAGAGGUUUGGCGUGCCCUUUGAGUACAACGCAGUAGCAGCCAAGUUCGAUGAGGUAAAGAUUGAGGAUCUUCGCAUCGAAGAAGGUGAGAUGCUUGUGGUGAAUUGCUUAUUUCGCUUGCAUAACCCAGCUGACGAAACAGAAACUGAAAACUGCCCUAGAGAUAAGGUGCUGAACAACGUCAGAAAGCUGAAACCAGCUCUGUUUGUGAAUGUGGUUGUGAAUGGAACCUACGGUGCUCCAUUCUUCAUGAGCAGAUUUCGCGAGGCAUUGUAUUACUUCUCCGCCAUUUUCGAUGUCCUCGAUUCGACUGCCCCGAGGGAGAACGAGCAGAGGAUGUUGGUUGAAAGGGAUGUAUUUGGGAAGCAUCUUAUCAAUGUUAUAUCCUGUGAGGGAUUGGAGAGGGAGAGACCAGAGACUUAUAAGCAGUGGAAGGUAAGGUUCUUGAGGGCUGGGUUUGAGCAGUUAGCCAUACGCAAAGAACUUAUAAAGCAAGGAAAGGAUUGGUUGAGAACUUUCUACCAUAAGGAUUUUCACAUGGAUGAAGAUGGCAAGUGGGUACUCGAAGGAUGGAAAGGGCGCAUCUUAUAUGGCCUCUCUGCUUGGAAACCAAGGUGUGUUUAAUUUGCUCAAUUGAAUCAAUUUGUUCUCCAUGCUUUUAGGAAUAAAGCUUAGCUAGCUCUGAUGAACUAAUCCAUCUUUGGGGUUUAACUCUGAAAUUUUUUCGAGUGGAGGAGAUGCAUGUGAUAGUUUUUAGCAGUGGAUCUGUAAUUUUUGCCACCCUUACCAUGUAUUAUUUAGGAGAAAUUAUUCUGUGGAGGUCGAGUCGUAUUCUGGUUGGAGCAUAAUUAAUCCUGUUUUAUUGGAAAA